CUCGUCUCGUCUCCAUCCUACAUACACACGCAACCACCCUCCGCCCUUCUCUUCGUUUAUCUUUCCUCCUCGGUCUUGCCAGGCGAUCGUGGUGCCCGCUCUUCAGUUCGGUUGCGGAUCGGUUCCGGCCGGUUCCCUGUGAUUUGGCGAUGGGGGAGGAACUUACGCUCACGGGCCUGCUGAAGAAGGCGGCGCAGGAUUUCCCCGACAGGAGAGCCGUCUCCGCCUGUGGGAAGUUCGGCCUGACGCACGCACAGCUGCGGGAGCUCGUUGACCACGCUGCUGCGCUCCUCGCCGCCUCCGGCAUCGUUGCUGGCAACGUCGUUGCGCUUGCAUUCCCGAACACCAUCGAGUUUGUGAUCCUGUUUCUGGCGGUAAUCCGUUGCCGAGCCACGGCAGCUCCGCUUGACCCCAUCUACACAGCUAAGGAGUUCAAGUUCUACCUUUCCCACUCGAGAUCGAAGUUCCUAUUGAUACCACAAGAAGGUAACCUACGGGCUCGAUCGGCUGCUUCCGAGCUUAACAUCCCCCGCCUAACCGCCAAGCUUCACUCUGCGAAUUCCAGAAUCACCCUCUCUUCGACUGACGUAGAGCCAAGCCUUGACUCGAUGUCCAAAGUUGUCAACGAUCCCUCGGAUAUAGCUCUGCUCUUGCAUUCCUCCAGCGCCACGGGCUGCCCUAAACGCAUGCUGCUAACUCAGCGCAAUUUGGCUUCAUCGGUUCGGAACAUCAAGUGGGAGUUUGAACUAACGGAGUCGGACUCUACAGUGAUUGUGCUUCCGUUGUUCCAUGUGCACAGCUUAGUUGCUGGAUUAUUGAGCUCUUUAGCUGCCGGAGCUGCUGUGGCCCUCCCGGCAGUUGUUAGGUUCUUGGUGCCCACAUUUUUGGGAGAUAUGAAGUCAUACAAUGCAACAUGGUACACGGCAGACGCUUCACUCCACCAGAUCAUCCUGGACCGCCACCUCAGCAAGCCAAAGCCGGCUUACCCAAAGCUUCGAUUCAUAGUGAGCUGCAGCGUGUCACUCGCGCCCUCUAUCCGGGAUCGGCUCAAGGAGGCAUUUAGUGCACCCGUGGUCGAGGCUUAUGCAAUGACGGAGGCUACUCGCCUGACGGCUUCAGACCCCUUGCCUGAAGAUGGUGAGCAAGAGCCGAGGUCAGUUGGGAGACCGGUGGGGCAGGAGAUGACGACUUCGGAUGAGCAUGGGGCCAUACAGGCGGCGGCGGCGGGCGUGAGCUGUGAAGUGUGCAUAAGGGGACUGAACGUGACCGAGGGCUAUAAGAACAAUCCAAAGUCAAAUAAGCAGGCCUUCCGGUUCAGGUUGUUUCAUACGGGUCGUGUUGGAUAUAUUCGUUCGGAUGCUGGGCUCUUGAGGUCGAGAUUUUUACCAGAUAAGUUAGAAGUCGCCAGUGCAUACCGGAGCAAUGAUACGCCAGAGGGAAAUAAUGCACCUAAGACAACCAAAGAGAACAAAACCGAGACCGAGAGAGGUGAAGAAGAAGGCGGCCCUAGUUUGAAAUUAACCGUAAAGUUCGAAAAGUUCAGUGGACCAAAGCAGUUCUCCUAUGAAGAGUUGAUGAUCGCAAUUGCAGAUCGCAAGAUUCUGGGAAGAGGAGGUUUUGGCGUCGUGUACGAAGGGCACAUAGGAGACGCUUGCACACACGUCGCCGUGAAGGAAUUAACCUCUAAUUCGGGCCAAGGGAUAAAGGAGUAUGAAUCCGAGGUGAUGGCGUUAAGCCAACUUAGGCAUAAAAACUUGGUGCCACUUAUAGGCUAUUGUCACGAGGCGGAUAAAUUCAUCCUAGUAUACAAAUUCAUGAGUAAUGGUAGCUUGGAGGAUCAUUUGUUUAAUGGAGGAACCUUGUUGAAUUGGGAAAGUAGGUACAGAAUCGCUAAGGGAUUAGCCUUGGCACUAUAUUACUUGCAUGAACAAUGUGAUCAAUAUGUGAUCCAUAGGGAUAUCAAGUCCAGCAACGUCAUGCUUGAUGAAAAGUUCAAUGCCAAAUUGGGAGAUUUUGGAUUGGCUAGGCUAGUAGACCAUGCCAGAGGGCCAAUAACGACUCAACUGAUAGGAACAUGGGGUUAUGCGGCUCCGGAAUACUGUGUAACGGGUAGGGCAAGUAAGGAAACUGAUGUCUACAGUUUUGGAGUCGUCCUUUUAGAAAUAGGAUCAGGGAGAAGGGUCAUCGACUCAGAACUAGGCCCAGGCCUUGCACAGUGGUUAUGGAUGCAAUAUGGGCCCGAUAAGUUGGCCCAUGCGGUGGACUCGAGGCUCGGCAAGGAUUUUGACAAGAAACAGGCGGAGGCCUUGAUGAUGGUGGGGCUGUGGUGUGCUCAUUCCACGGCUACUUCUCGGCCUUCGAUUGAAGACGCAAUGGCUGUUUUGAACUUGAAGGCAAAGAUAAAGCCUCGCGAACUCCCCUUGAAGAUAACGCAGUCCCCACAUAGAAUUGAUCGGAAGGUCUCGCCUGGAUGCUUGGGGUUUUGAGCAGAUGCCUCCCUCUUAGUGCAAACAAUGUUGCCUCUUCUAGUGUUACAUGUUUGCAUUUCAUCUAGUGUUGUAUAUGUCUGCGCGUUUGGCUUUUAGGCGAGUGCCUCGCAGAUGGCAGGCAAUGGUGUCUCUUGUAAUGUUGUAUAUGUGCACUCGUGCUUAGAAUUGUGUUUCUUGUAACCGGGGUACUACGUGGGUUAUUGGUGUCUAGUUUUGGGGUAACCUCACCAAGCAGCAGGAAGUUUUUGCUUCCAUGUUGGGGCCACCCCUACUGCUUGGUAACUUAGGUGGGCCAAUAGGAUUGCGUUCAUUAUUUUAAUAUGCCGAUGCCUGUGCACCUAACACCCCCUAAGUUUCCCUUUGUAUAUUUGUUUUCUCUAGGAAAGGGGAAUACCUUCUAAGUACUUUAUAUCUUGGAAGUCUCGAGGUCCAGAUUGAAUCAAGAUGAAACCCUUUAAGGACUUGCUUAGGUCUAAUGGCUCUUUUAUUGUUACAUAUAUGUUUGUAAGUCAUCUUUAAG